ACGUGGUGCAGAGUCGUGCGCCGGGGGGGGGGGUGCGUUGUAGGAAGCUGCCGGUUAAGCCUGGAUAUAUUUUUUGCAUUAAAAAUGAUGACAGUGGAAAUAUCUGGGACGAACAGGUCGACGGGGGAUAUUCGUGCGCUGUAAGGCGUUUAUCUGCAAUAUACACAAAACAUGGCGGGCGAAGUGGAGACUAACAUGACCCCCACAGAGGAGAUGAAUGGAUCUGGGUCUGGCCAUCUGAUGGACUUUUUAGAUGAGCCCUUCCCGGAUGUAGCCACUUAUGAGGAUUUCCAUACUAUCGACUGGCUUCGAGAGAAGUCGCGGGACACAGAUCGCCACAGGAAGAUUACCAGUAAGAGCAAGGAGUCCGUCUGGGAGUUUGUUAAGAGCCUGCUGGACGCUUGGUCCGGAUGGGUGGUGAUGCUUCUCAUUGGGCUCCUGUCAGGUACACUGGCUGCUGUCAUUGACCUGGCGGUGGACUGGAUGACGGACCUGAAGGAGGGAGUGUGUCUGUCCGCAUUCUGGUACAGCCAUGAGCAGUGCUGCUGGACCUCUAAUGAGACCACUUUCGAUGACCGUGAUAAGUGUCCACAGUGGCAGAGGUGGUCUGAACUCAUGAUGGGCCACACACAGGGUGCUGGGGCAUACUUGUUAAACUACUCUCUGUACAUUAUCUGGGCGCUGUUUUUCUCUUCUCUGGCCGUGUCCCUCGUUCGGGUCUUUGCACCAUAUGCCUGUGGAUCAGGCAUCCCUGAGAUAAAGACAAUUCUCAGUGGAUUUAUCAUUCGGGGCUACCUGGGAAAAUGGACCCUGCUGAUAAAGACGGUCACGUUGGUUCUGGCAGUAUCAUCCGGGCUCAGUUUGGGAAAGGAGGGCCCGUUGGUGCAUGUGGCCUGUUGCUGUGGAAACCUCUUCUGUAGCCUGUUCUCCAAGUACAGCAAGAACGAGGGGAAACGCAGAGAGGUGUUAUCUGCUGCAGCAGCAGCUGGAGUAUCUGUGGCAUUUGGGGCACCAAUCGGAGGAGUUCUCUUCAGCCUGGAAGAAGUUAGUUACUACUUCCCGUUGAAGACUCUGUGGAGGUCUUUCUUCGCCGCCCUAGUGGCCGCCUUUACUCUGCGCUCUAUCAACCCAUUUGGGAACAGCCGACUGGUCCUGUUUUAUGUAGAAUACCACACCCCCUGGUACAUGGCAGAACUGGUGCCAUUCAUUCUGCUGGGAGUGUUUGGGGGUCUGUGGGGGACGCUCUUCAUUCGAGGAAACAUCGCCUGGUGCAGACGCCGCAAGACGACACAGCUGGGGAAGUACCCGGCGUUGGAGGUGAUGGCGGUGACGGGAAUCACGGCCAUCUUGGCCUUUCCCAACCCCUACACCAGACGCAGCACCAGCGAGCUCAUCUCUGAGCUCUUCAACGACUGUGGAGCUCUGGAGUCCUCCCAGCUCUGCGACUACGUGAAUGACCCCAACAUGACCCGACCCGCAGAUGAUAUUCCCGACAGGCCUGCUGGUCCCGGGGUCUACACCGCACUCUGGCAGCUUGCACUCGCGCUUAUUUUCAAGAUCAUCAUCACCAUUUUCACCUUUGGAAUAAAGAUUCCCUCUGGGCUCUUCAUCCCCAGCAUGGCCGUAGGGGCCAUCGCAGGCCGCAUCGUGGGCAUCGCUGUGGAACAGAUGUCCUACCAUCACCACGACUGGAUCAUCUUCAAGAACUGGUGCCGUCCUGGAGCAGACUGUGUCACGCCUGGCCUGUACGCCAUGGUGGGAGCAGCAGCAUGCCUGGGUGGGGUGACGCGGAUGACGGUGUCUCUGGUGGUCAUCAUGUUCGAGCUGACGGGUGGCCUGGAGUACAUCGUGCCCCUGAUGGCCGCCGCCGUCACUAGCAAGUGGGUGGCAGAUGCCUUUGGCAAAGAGGGCAUCUACGAGGCGCACAUCCAGCUGAAUGGCUACCCUUUCCUGGACGUUAAGGAUGAGUUCACGCACCGCACGCUGGCUACGGACGUGAUGCGUCCACGCUGUGGAGAGCCCCCGCUGGCCGUGCUCACGCAGGACAGCACCACGGUGGAGGACGUUGAGGCCCUUAUCAAAGACACCGACUACAAUGGCUUCCCUGUGGUGGUUUCCCGCGAGUCAGAGCGCCUCAUUGGCUUCGUCCAGCGCAGGGAUUUGACUCUGGCUAUCAAAAAUGCCCGGCAAAAACAGGACGGGGUGGUGAGCAUCUCCAUGGUGCACUUCACUGAGGAGCCCCCCCAGCUGCCCGCUGACAGCCCCCAGCCGCUCAAGCUGCGGCGCAUCCUCAACCUGAGCCCCUUCACCGUCACAGACCACACGCCCAUGGAGACGGUCGUGGACAUCUUCCGUAAGCUGGGGCUCCGGCAGUGCCUGGUCACUCGAAGUGGCCGCCUUUUGGGCAUCAUCACAAAAAAAGAUGUUCUCAGGCACAUGGCUCAGAUGAUGAAUCAGGACCCGGAGUCCAUCAUGUUUAAUUAGAGUGUCUAAUGUACCCUGGGACAAACACAUACACGCACAAGCACACAUACAUCAACCAAAGGCCUUGGAGGACCUCUUCUGUCCAUGAAGUUAUGCAAAGCUUUAGCUUUAAUCAUCAGACGUCUGAAGAGUGUUACAUUGGGUGUCAAGGGAGGUAGAGAAGUCUUUAGGUAAAGAGGAAAUCAAUAAAGUAAGACCUCUGGCUAUAUUUCUGCUGCAAUUAUUAUUAUGUUCCAUCACAUCUUGGAAUCUCUCUUAUCACACGUAUUUGUUGGCUUGUGUUCUGCACCACAGAGCUGGUCUGUAGAUACACACUCAGCCAUGUAAAACUAAGCAGUCACUACUCACUUGCCUGUGGAGUAAUGACAAAUAAAACAGAAAUCUUUUGUUAUAGCAGGAUGUUAUUGUUUGUUUCAUUUCCAGUAUUAGCUGUGACAUGCACUAUAUAUUGUACGCUGUCAGCCUUGUUGUUAAAGCAUGCAGUACAACGACCUGAAAUAGUUGGGCCAUUCUCUCUGCCGCUGUUCUCUUUCACUGCUCUCUUUUAGAGUAUAAGCUCCAUUCACAGACAUUAUUCUUAAUCAUCUUGUAUAAAACUGAACUUUUAAGCAUGGCAUUUUGGUGUUUUAUUCUGACAAAUUUGCUGCAAUCACUGAAAUUAUCUCAUGGACUGCCAAAACGUCGUUAAUGGAACAGAAAAAUGAAGUUUCCAAUGAAGUUAGCCUUUACUGUAAACAAAUUUGCUUUUGUCUUUGAAUCUUGGUUUAUCCUUAAAUAAGUACCGGGCUGUUUUGGCUGCCUUUGCUCUUAAUCGUUGGCUUAAUACUGCAUUUCUUACCCAAUAACUAUAGCCUGUAUUGUGUCCUAUUUGUUAUUAGCAAAGAAGUAACAGAGUUGCAGGGGGUAUAUGUCUGGCUGUAGAGUUUUUUUCAUAGAUGUUAAAGUUAAUCGACAUAGAAGAGGGACUAGUUGACCUAACUUAUUAGAAAUUCUUUUGGACCUGCCGCUGUCCCGUGAGGGUGUUGUGU